AUGGAACGUGAAAAGCAGCUAGGCAUUCUUUAUCAGAAACAAGGUCGUGCAACCCAAUUUCCUAGUAAAGCUGCUCGUGAUGAAUGGCUCCAAAAUGAAAUUUUAGAGUAUGACAGAGUUCUCGCUUCAAACUUAACACAUGAGAGGAAACUGAAGGAUGAAAUCAGUCCGCUAAAAAAGGAUUUGGAGGUGCAGGAUGACUACUUAUCUGGUCGGAAAAAUGAAGCAGCUGCAUCAAAAACUCGAAUAGAUGGUUAUGGAGAUGUUCUCCGUGAAUUCAAAGAGAAGAGAGAUAAAUUGCAUUCUGCACGGAAGUCUUUCUGGAAAAAGAAAGCUGAACUCUCUUCCGAAAUCAAGCAGCUUCAGUCAGAAGUGGUGAAGGCAGAGAAAAGCCUAGAUCAUGCUACUCCAGGCGUAAGGUAUUCAUUUGAUGCUGGGCACAAUUCUAGUUUUGAGAGCGAGUAUAUGACUCCUAGGAUGUCGUCAUGUUUGGAGAGAAUUGAUAAAUUGCUUGAUGACAUGGAGAAGAAAAAUGCUUCAUAUUUCUCUCAAGAGGAUUGUUACCACUCAAAUGCAUCAGUAUAUCAACCACCACCUACUCAACCCACUCUAAGAGAGUUAGCAGCUCGUCAACCCACUCUAAGAGAGUUAGCAGCUCGUCAACCUACUCUGAGAGAGCUAGCAGCCUUACAAUCAUCACCUUGUCAACCCACUUUUAGACAGUUAGGAUCUUCGUAUCAUCAGCCACCUACUCAACCUCAACUUACUGUUAGAGAGGCAGCUCUUCGAGAUUUUCAAAGUGAAAAAGGCCAACAACUUAUCAAAGAGGUCAACCAAUAUAGGUUGAGUGUAGGGUUGCCGGAAUAUAAUCCUAUAGGAAAUUUGCUUAAAUUGAAUAAGAAUGAGAAGAUUUUUGAAGAUGAUUCAUUGGUCCAGUCUCCCCAGCCACUAUUUCAAACUGAGCUUGAAUGUGAAGAAGUAGAAGAGACCAAAGAGAUUAACAGUCAAGAUAAUCCAAGUUCUCCUGAUUCUUCUGGUAUAUACAUAGUAGUUAAGCAUAAUUCGCUCAUUCUGAGAGUUGGUGACAAAAAUGUGGAUCAAGUUGAUUUUGAUGAGAAUAAUAUUCCUAUAGUUUCAAAAGAAGGGUUUGAAGUAGACACAUGUGGUGAGGUUGUCCCUAGUAUAAGAGAUUUUGAGGAUGAUGUGAAAGAUGGUUCAAUGAAAGACCAAGAAGAGGAUCAAUGGUACAAGAUUGAAUUUGAGAAGGAGGAUAUAGUGGUCUAA